UACAAAAUAGGGGUAGAAUUUCCCAGAGAGUGCCAUAAACUGUAUAGUUUUUCGUUACCGAUUUUUUUGGGAAUUGGUAUCCGAACUGAUAAAGGAAUAUUUUUCGAUUAAGGAUAUUAAAACACAAAUGAAGUCGUUUGAAGAAAAACGACUCCCGGACGAAGCCCGGGUAACCAGCUAGUAAAUAAACUAAAUUACACCAAUCUCAUUUAAUUCUGAUAAGGCGUUCAAAAGAAAAUAAGCUCAAAACAACGAAAAAAGCAGAAACUUGAAAAAACCUUUUGAUGAUCUUUGUAUAAAUACUACAUUCGUAGCGUUCGCUUUAGUGUAAUAAUUAGUAGGGAGUAAUUUUUUUAAAUAAAAAAAACCGUGAUUUUUUAAAUUUUUAUUAGCUAUAACUUUUUAAUGAAGCGUUUCCUAUGCGGACCUAUACUUAUAGGAACUUUUUUGUUCCAAAUUCAAUUUCCUAUAAGAUCCUGAAAUUUUAUUGACUGAUCUGGAACACCCUGUAUAAAUAUGUCACAAAAAUUAAAAUUGUGAGCAAUAAAGAAGGAAUAAUUUUAUCUGCCGAGGAAUCCCAAGAUAAUUAACAAUGGCAAAUACCAGAGCGCCGAUAUGAAAAUAAACUGAUUCAUAGAGUCUCGUAUGUAUGAUUCAGCUUAACGCCACUGGAACAUAUCGUAUUAUUUGCUGAUCGAUAAAUAUAUAUAGAUGUAGUGUCGAUUUUUGCGCAUGUUUGCGUAUGUAGCUUUUAAGCGAUUCGCUGAAACAUCGGUUGAACAUAAGUUCAAGGUAAGUUUGUGAGAAAAAUAGCCUUCCCUGUUUUUGUAUAUGUUCCUUGUAUAACUAAUUAUUCUCCGAUUAAGAUAUGGUAGAGCUUCAGUAAAUAAAAAGAUAUCUUUACAGUUGAAUCUAAAUUUCCCGUUAUUAUUCCAUAUUCAUUGCGACUCGGAGUUCGCGAAAUUUGCAACAUUAAUCAAAGAGUAAUCAAAACAAAACAGAACGAGCCUGCCCGUUGACCGUAUUAUUGAUGUCUCAUCAUGUUUCUCUCACAGAGAAUUGCAUAAGAACAUUAUAUGAAUAUGAAUGUCGCUUUUUGCCUCACAGUUUUAACUAUAAAUAUUUGUAGUGGAAAAGUCACAGCGUUAAUCCCGAUGGUUCAACGAAUAAUAAAUAUUUAUUAAUAUUGACGGGAAUAUCGCUCCAUAUAUCAAUAAAAAAAUUACGUCCAAACAAAUUUAAAUGACGCAAUUAAUUAUACGCGUUAAACUUUCAGCGGAAUAAAAAUUCCACCGGAAUCUACCGAGAACCAGCCGUGUUAGAAAACAUAAUUACUUAGUAGCAGCGCAAACAAUUUUCACCGACGACGAGAGACAGCGUUCAGGUCGAGGGUGACGCUUCACAUCAAUUUAUACGGAUUAUCUAGCGAUCUCAUCGUUACGUCCAACUUCUUCGAUUCACGACACGUUUCGAAGAUAGCGAUGAUUAUCAGGAAAAACAUAUGUUUAAAGAAACUACUUUUCGCACGAAAAUUUUCAAGAAGUACAAACGAGGCGUGGGACAAUUUUCUACGUAAUAGCCACAGAACGUCGCUUAAAAGAUUUAUUCAGAAUCAUUACGACGUAGCGAAUACGAUCUUGAGAAACACGGAGAUGACUCGCGAUCAUUUGACUCCGGAACUGAAGUUAUUCCUGCUAACAGAGAACUGUCCCUUAUAUCACGAGCCAUUCAUUGAUAAAAGUACAGAUGGAAGAUUCGAUUUCUUGACCAGAAACGUAUUUCAAGAUCCAUUUUGGUCUAUAUACUGGCCUGGAGGCCAAGUACUUACGAGAUUCAUUCUGGACGAAAAGGAAAGAAUUUUAGGGAGCAUGGCACAAAAUGCGAGAAAAGAUGGAAUAAGGAUACUGGAUUUGGGUGCGGGAUGCGGCGCUACGGCGAUAGCUGCAAAAUUAAUGAAUGAAACGUGUAAGAUUGUUGCAAAUGACAUCAGCAAAGUCGCUUGCGUAGCUAUUGCGAUGAAUGCGAUAUUAAACAACGUAGUCAUUGAGGUGUUGUGGGAAAACUUGUUAGAAAAACCAUUAGAAGGUCUAUACGACGUGAUCUUUGUGGGUGAUUUAUUGUACGACGAGGAAAUAGCGAACACCUUAAUGAUCUGGUUGGAAGACGCAUAUGAACGAGGUGCGCGAAUUUAUCUAGGAGAUCCAGGAAGGCACGGAUUGAGCGAAGAUCUCAGAAAGCGAUUGAGAUUGCUACGACGAUAUUCUUUACCGGAAAACAUCAGGAAAGAGAAUCACGGUUACGACGUGGCUACUGUGUGGGAAUUUGACCAGACUUGAGUGGCUGACGCAUAUUAGUAAUUAAAUAAAGGAUAAAGAACAUUCUAAAGUCCAAAAGUUAUUCCAAUAUUGAACUUCAAUUUCUCUUAAUUAAAUAAUAUUUAGUAUACAUUUAGAAUGUAUCACCAUAAAAUUUUUCAUUUUUAAAUGCCUUUGCCUUAGUUUUUAAACGAUCCUUCAAAUCUUGUAAUAGAUAUGACAGCGAAAAUUUUUCAUAAAUAACUAAAUAUUUCAGAGAGAUAUAUACAUGUAUGCUAUAAUUUUAGUAUAAUUAGUUAAUAUUCAGGUAAUACAUUCAUACUGAUACUUUACUCUGACGUAUAUUCGGAUAUUUCUGUAUUGUUACUAAGCAUAGCUUACAUUCAAGUCGCAAUAAAUUGAUUGCUCCUUGG